AUGUCAGAAACACGUAUCAAGAAGAAGAGAGUGAUGAGAAGGUCAUGUGUAUUCUGUCGUAGAUCACAUGUGAACUGUGAUGAUCAUAGACCAUGUGCACGUUGUAUCAAACGUAAUAUAGCACAUUUAUGUUCAGAUACAGUUGAUAUGGAUACAACCUCGUCAACAACGAAAACAAAACAAACAACGACAAAAGCUAAUGUUAUUAGUACGAAUGAUAUACUACCUAGUUCAAAUAUUACAAACUUACUGGGGCCACAAUCAUUCGUUUCUGAGAAUAUGGGAUCUGAGUUUAGUUCUUUGAAUGAGUUUCUUUCGAUGUUGGAAGAACCUUUACAAUUACCAUCAGAACCUCUAGUAACUAGUGGUACUGUAGGUUCCUCUAUAGCGGAGGUCUCGUAUCAACCUUUACCACAAACACAACAAUUCCAAUCGGAGGCUACAAGUCCGCCUUUGAUGCUUAUAUCAGGUACUGGCUCUGCAUUACCUAUAUCACCUAGUCAAUAUUCUAAUGUACCACCAUCCAUAUCACAACAAUUGUCCAAUAAUAGUACUAAUGAUAACAACAGUACCGUUAGGCAAUUGUCAAAUGAACAAGAACAUUUAGCGGCACGUCCACCGAUUUUACAACCAACAUCAUUACAAGCUACUUUUGUAAAACCUACAGCUAAGGAACAGUUUUUCUUGACAGCAGCAGAUCCAAACACAGAGAUUACACCUGAAGAGAAAUUGAAAUCGGUGAUUAAUGCUAAACUAAAAGCAGGUUUAUUAAAACCAUACAACUAUGCAGCAGGAUAUACAAGGUUACAGGAAUAUAUGAAGAAAAAUAUGUCUGAAGAGUCCCAAAAACGAAUCCUCUAUCCAUUGGACUCGAUUCGUCCGGCGUUUCGCAGCAUUGCCAAAUCUUUAAAGGAUGUUGAUUUAGUACUGGUAGAAGAAGGUUUCGAAAGAAUGUUACUAAGUUACGAUAGAGUCUUUACGUCAAUGAGUAUGCCUGCAUGUCUAUGGCGACGCACAGGGGAGAUAUAUAGAGCUAAUAAGGAGUUUGCGUCAUUGGUUGGUGUCACUGUGGAUGAUCUACGUGAUGGGAAACUGGCCAUUUAUGAGUUAAUGGGGGAACAUAGUGCUGUCAAUUUCUGGGAGAAAUAUGGAUCGGUUGCAUUUGAUAAGGGUCAAAAAGCUGUGUUGACUAGUUGUACACUCAUCUCCCGUGAUUCCAGUAGACAGAAUCACAAUUGCUGUUUCAGUUUCACGAUACGUAGAGAUCGAUACAACAUUCCGAUCUGCAUAGUGGGUAAUUUCAUACCUGUCUUAAGGGACAAUUGA